AUGGCCCUUGUUCCAGGGACCUGUGAGGAUGGGUCUUGGCCUAGAGAGAGCCCAGGCUCCUCCCAGCAUCCAGACAGUCCUAGACUGACCAACCCUCUCUGGAAGGUCAGAGGAGAAAUUGACCAGGUUGAAGGUCACCAGGAUGUUCAGGUUGUCUGUCAAAAGACCCGCCUCCCCUCCAUCGUGGUGGAAGCCUCUGAGGUGAGUGAAGAGAGUGGGGAACUCCGGUGGCCACACGAAGAGCUGCUGUUUCUCACUGAUGAUGAAGAAGAGGAGGUUGAGGUCUUCUUCCAGGACCAAAGUGAAGAACCAGGCUGGACUUGGAGCCCACUGGACCCCAAAUCUCCCUUAAGAACCUUUAACCCAGAACUCAGCUGGGGGCAGGAACAGGUAAAUCAAGAUACCUCCUGGAUUCCGGAGGACACAGAUUGUCAAGAAGACCCCAAUCCCUGUCCUCUUUGGGACCCAGCAUCAGGUUCCCGUGUCUGCAGAAGCUGCUUUGUGGAAUAUUCCCAUUUCUUGCCUCCCAGGAGCUUUGAGGGUAAGUAUCACUCUCCCCAAACAUUUUACCUAGGUUGUUUAUGA